AUGGCUUCUUCCACCACCGAAAACCCAGACUUUUUGGCGCAGUCCCGAGUAUCUGAAGUGCUCGCCGGAUAUAUAACUCCCAUCCCACUCGAGCUGCUGACUACCGGGUUGCGAAUCUAUGUCAAGCUUAGACCGUCAUCAAAGGACCGCUGGGCUUUUGAUGACUAUUUAAUAGUUUGGGCAACUGCUAUGGGGAUUGCUGUGUGCGUCAGCGGUCUCGUUUACGGACCUCCGUACGGAUUUGGACGACAUAUUGAGGCGGUCCCGACGGAAGACCUAAAGAUAUUUAUGAUGGGUGACUACAUCUUCAGCCAUUUCUAUAAUGCGGCCAUCGUUGGCACGAAGCUCUCGGUCCUCGCACUUUACCAUCGAAUCUUCGUCACGCGCAGCUUCCGUUUGAUGGUCAUCUCUACGGCCGUCUUCAUAUUUCUCUGGUUCUGCGCUAUGGAAAUCUCGCUAGGUCUGGAAUGUCGCCCUAUCCAAGUCUUUUGGGAUGCCAGUGUGAAGGGGAAAUGUAACAACCUGGUUGCGCUUACCUAUUUUACCAACAUCGUAAACCUGGUGGCUGAUAUCUGGAUCUUUAUCCUCCCGCUACCUGUCAUCUAUAAGUUGCAGAUCUCCAUAAGCCGCAAAAUUGGUCUCAGCUUCCUUUUCGGUGUUGGCUUGGCGACUUGUGCUAUUAGUGCAGCUCGACUGUCUGUUGUGGUUUCCCAGGGAUCUCCGGAUUUCACCUGGGCUGGAGUCCCUUUGGGGGUUCUCUCUGCAUUCGAGCCACUGGGUGGGAUUCUCUGUGCCAACUUGCCCGUGCUCUAUAGGUACUUUGCAAAGGCUUUCAAGACUAUCAAAUCUGCCGGCCGAAGCCAUCAUUCACAGAGCGGAUACGACUAUUCGAACCAGCACGAGCGAUCCACGAGGAGCGUGACUAAUAAGUGGUUUAAACUACCCAACGCCAGUACCACCAGUGAUGAUAAAUAUAUCACUACCUCCGUGGUCCGGGGGCCCAACAUCGAUGAUGACACCACUGAAUUACGGCCAAUGGAUGGCAACACUAUUGCCAUCCAGCGCAUGUUUGUGCAAGAUGUUUCUACCUACCAAGAUGUUGAGGCCAUGAACCAAGAAGUCGUGAGAGCGCAUAGCAAUAAGUUAUGA